UAAAUUGUACCGAAAUGAAAUUGAAUUUAUAUGAACUCGAAGUUACUGCUGCAUAUGGUUCAGGUUAUUGUAAUUGGAUGAUUGAUUGUGGAGGUGAAAAGAUUAGAAAUGUUUUAUUCCCUUAUACGAUGAAUGGAAUUAUUUUUGAUAUAAUAGGUUUUUUGAGUCAACAUCUAAGGGCCGUAGGAUUACGUGGUAUUCCCUUUUAUGCAGUAUCUCCUAUAGCUGAUGAAUCCCUCAAAUAUUCUAAUAUAUGUAGGGAAUGGAUGUGUACCGAGAGACAGCAAAAAUACAUGUUUGGGCAAUCGUUAUUAUAUUAUGCAUCUAGAGCUGAUAGUUCAUUACAGGAAAAAUAUCAAGAACCAUGCGUUGUCUUCGCUGGACAUCUAAAGUGGGGAAAUAAUUCAAACAAUUCAAUAAUAUUUACAAGUUUGUACAUUGUAAUAAUUAUUAUUAUAUUACUUUUUCGCGUGACUAAUUAAUGAGAAAUUUAAGAAGAAUCCAGUAUGAUUGUGAGGAGGCAAUG